AUGUCCGUCAAGUUCGAGAAGGAGACGAAAGAGACGCUGCAAAAGGCCGUCGACAAGGUCCAAGACACCUUCCACCCCGAGAAGCCUCUGCCCGGCACCAGCGGAAAGCAUCCCAUCUCUGAGGCCAUCGGCACUGCCAUCACCGGAGGCAAGAAGAAUGCAGGCUCCAAAGGCUACCUCGCGGCCUACAUCAAGCAGCUCGAGGAGAACCCGCUGCGAACCAAGAUGCUCACGGCUGGAACCCUAGCUGGCGCCCAGGAGCUGCUCGCGUCCUUCCUCGCCAAGGACCGCAACAAGCAUGGCAACUACUUCACUUCGCGCGUGCCCAAGAUGGCCGCCUACGGCGCCAUCGUCAGCGCGCCUCUCGGCCACUUCCUCAUCUGGGCCCUGCAGAAGACCUUUGCCGGCCGCACCAGCUUGCGCGCCAAGGUCCUGCAGAUCAUUGUCAGCAACUUGAUUAUUGCGCCCAUUCAGAACUCCGUCUACCUGGUCGCCAUGGCCCUGAUUGCCGGCGCCAAGACGUACCACCAGGUCCGCGCAACUGUGAAGGUCGGCUUCUGGAAGGUCAUGAAGGUCAGCUGGAUUACUUCUCCCCUGUGCCUGGCCUUUGCCCAGAAGUUCCUCCCGGAUCAACUCUGGGUUCCCUUCUUCAACCUGGUUGCCUUCAUCAUCGGCACCUACAUCAACACCACCACCAAGAAGAAGCGCCUCGCGGCUCUCCGCAAGAAGCACUUCGGUGACGGUCGCUCCGACGGUCGCUCCCCGUCGAUGGGAGGUCGCCCGGAGGACUACCCCCCUCCUCACGGCGGACCUCACGGACCCCACGGAGGGCCUCACGGAGGCCCUCACCCCGGUCCCAUGGGUGGCCCCAACCCUCCUUACUAA